AUGGCUACACGGGCCACCCACGAUGUGGUCGGUGGCAUGACUGAGAAUGUGACGGGAGAGAUCAAAAAUCCCCUGGACGGUCUGUCCCAUGACGAGCUAAUGGCUAAUGUGGAGGAAUAUGCCAAUCAGCACAACCUAACCGACAUCCUCCCACUGUUAAAGAAGGGUGCACUCGCUGGACAGAAGCCAGCAGAGGCAAACUCAAUCCCGGAGCUUGAUGAACAGGAUAGACAUGUACUUCGUGAGGAGAUCACUCGUCGCUGGCAUCAUCCUUGGGCACUAUACUACACGAUCAUCCUCAACUCCAUUGCAGCUGCGAUUCAAGGCUGGGAUCAGACUGGCUCAAACGGUGCUAACCUGACCUUUGAUGCUCAAUUCGGCAUUCCAAACAACUUCCCCGACUGCCCGGACAAGGCUACCUGCGAUCGCAACCAGUGGAUCGUAGGUUUUGUGAACGCUUCGCCUUACAUUACCAUCUGUCUUUUUUUCAAUACAAGUGCUGGCUGGCUCUCCGACCCGAUCAAUCACCUCAUCGGCCGUAAGGGAACUAUCUUCAUCGCUGCGAUUUUCAGCUUACUUGCGCCGAUUGGAUCCGCUCUCACCCAGCAUUGGGGCCAGCUUGUGGCCUGUCGCGUGCUUCUUGGGAUUGGAAUGGGUCUCAAGGAAGUCACUGUUCCUGUGUAUUCAGCAGAGAAUUCCCCUACCAACAUUCGAGGCGGUCUGGUUAUGUCGUGGCAAGUAUGGACUGCCUUUGGAAUCUUUCUUGGGACUUGUGCCAAUCUUAUUGUUGCCAAUGUUGGGAAAAUUGCAUGGCGUCUGCAGCUGGGAUCGGCCUUUAUUCCCGCUGUUCCUUUGCUCAUCGGAAUCUACUUCUGUCCUGAAUCUCCACGCUGGCUGAUCACCAAGGGAAAGCACCGAAAGGCAUACGAGUCUCUCCUGCGCCUUCGGAACAGCCCUCUGCAAGCCGCCCGCGACCUUUACAUGAUCCAUGCUACACUUGUUGAAGAGAAGAGCAUGCUUGAGGCUUCUGGGUUUGCCAAGACGAACAACAUGUUUGUUCGCUUCUUUGAGCUUUUUACCGUGCCCCGUCUGCGCCGUGCUACUCAGGCAUCUGGCAUCGUGAUGAUUGCUCAGCAGAUGUGUGGAAUCAACAUUAUUGCUUUCUAUUCAUCGACCAUCUUCUCGCUGGCUGGCGCCAGCAAUAUCCACGCACUCUUGGCGUCUUUUGGCUUUGGAUUGAUCAACUUCAUCUUCGCUUGGCCUGCGGUGUGGACAAUCGAUACUUAUGGGAGAAGAACCCUUUUGAUUUUUACCUUCCCCAACAUGUGCUGGACACUUCUCUGCGCUGGAUUUUGCUUCUGGAUUCCCAAGAGCAGCAACGCCCAUCUAGGCCUGGUCGCGUUCUUUAUCUACCUCUUUGAUGCGUUCUAUUCACCCGGUGAAGGGCCCGUUCCAUUCACCUACUCUGCUGAGGUGUUCCCUCUCUCGCACCGUGAAGUCGGCAUGGCCUGGGCGGUUGCGACCAACAAUUUCUGGGCCUCAGUGCUAUCGCUGACCUUCCCAUACAUGUUGCGAGCCUUUACCCCUCAGGGUGCUUUCGGGUUCUACGCUGCUCUCAACAUCAUGGCACUGAUACUGAUCUUCUUCUUCCUGCCUGAGACUAAGCAGCGAUCGCUGGAAGAGCUCGACUAUGUGUUCGGUGUGCCAACCCGCACCCAUGCCAAGUACCAGCUCACCCAGGUCCUUCCAUGGUGGAUUAAGCGUUACAUCCUCCGCCGCAAGAAUGUCGUUUGCCCCGAGCUGUACAAGAUCAGCGCGCCGAGCGCCGCGGCGCACGCUGAGGAGAUCCAUGAUCUACAGGAAGUCCUUAGUGUCACUGCGGACAAUGACAAGGACAAGGAAGCUGCUUGA